AUGUGUUGCUUAGUCAUUUCCGACAACUCCGCGCCCAGAACUGAGGAUAUUCUUAGCGCUGAUUGGUUGGAGUGCGGUACCAUUUUAACUCCAUAUAACGAUGCGACGGUUCGCCAGCGGCUGAAAAUGGCCGUUUUCGCGGCUGCUUUUGGCCUCCUGCCAACCGCCCAACCUCGAUCAUCACAUCAUGUUGUUCUCUCUGCUUCCAGUCUCUGUCACUCUCAUCAUGCUGUCUACACCUCUCUUUCCUCCCCUCCUUCACAGCACUACCCUGCCAGUUCUAUUCAUGAAAGUGUCUUAAGUCAUUCAUUACUUGUUCUGUCCCUCUCUACUGUUGGCUCUCCUUGGACUGCUCUGAUCAUGGUGUCUCUGUCUUGUUUGACUGGAUCUGACAAGCAGAGCAGCAGCAAGAUGGAUGUUUUAGCUGCUUUGGAUUCCCUCUCCACACUGAAUGCCAUCAUUUCAGACAGUGGGUAUGAAAGUGGCUCCAUCAGCCAUGACAAAGAUGAUGAUGACGUUCCAGAUGGUGGACACCCCCAAUUGUUCAUAUUCUUAAAACCAGAGUUUACCAAAAGAUUUCUUGGAGAUAAGGAACUGAACAAGUUUAAGAUUCCAGAAAUCAUCUUUGACCCAACUCUGGUUCUCAGCCCGCAUAUCUGCCUGCUGACUAUGCUCUUUCACAUUGGAGGAUUCAAGUCAAUUUCAACAACUGGACCAGUGUUGGAUUCUGCAGAGAAACUCUACAGUGUCAAAGUGCUGAAUGGCAAGGGACAGCAGCCGCUGCUACUGAAGGAUGAAUUACUGGAUAAGUUUGUGUUUUGCCAGACAGAGCUAACAUCCACUGGAUUUAAAAUUUGCCUGGAUAAGAGGAUGACUCCAUCCAUGAUGAGUUCCCGGAUGCGCCAGGCCAAGGAAGUUACAGAGGCUCUUCAGAAUGUCAUGCUCCAACACGCGGAUAUUCGCACCUUUGUCAAGCAUUAUCAGGUGGACGUCGACGUUGACGCGCAGGGAAUAGUCCGGAAAACAGGCUCCCAAACAGAAUUGGUGUGA